UAAAUAAGCAAUCGCCUAAAAUAUUCAUUUGCUUCCUUCUCUUUCCUUCUCUUCUCUCCAUCAUAGCCGUCUUCUUCACCCGCUAAUCUCUUCUUCUUCAAUAUAUACAUACACAUACUUUGUUGAUUAAAUUGCUGUGAAAUUCUCCUUCAAUUCCUGAUAUUAAAAGCUAGCAUGCAGGUGAUUAUUUUAUGCAAACGAUCGAUGAUGGAGGAUCAAACCUGAAGCGAGGCUUCCACGGAUUAAUAAAUUCGUUAAGCUUUUUGCGGUAGGGAGGCGUUGUUGACUCGUUAUCGUUGAAGCUUGCAAGUCUCUGUCUCCAGAGAGAGAGAAAAGCGUGAGGGCGAGCUUCUUUUGGAGUAAAGUUCACGUGAGCAUUUUUGGAGUUCACGUGAGGUUUGUGAUAAUGCCGCACAGAACAACUUACUUCUUUCCGAGGCAAUUUCCAGACAGAGGCAGCGGAUUCGGCGCGUCUUCGUCGUCAAAGUUCCUUUUGGAUCACGAGAAGACCGGAGGGGGUCAAAAUGGAGGAAAGUCUGGAAAGGAUGACAGUGGUGAAGUUUCAUACGCUUCCUCCCGUUUUGAUGCGUCUGAAAGCAUCACUGGAGGAGACAAAAUUCACGGGAAGCAAUUGACUGCUUUUGUCAACUGGCUGACUGAGAAAAAGGUUAAAGACAAAUCAUCGCAGCAUCAGAUUCCUCAAGCCGAAUUCGAAGUAGGAUACGAAGAUGGUGGUGUGAAGGAUGAGGACGGCCAUGAAUACAGCCUCCUCUUGCUUCCAACUCCACCGGAGGCGGUGCCAAAAGUUGCUUCCUCUGACCACCGUCCAUCACGUGAUCACAAACCAUCAAUAAUUAGGCCGAAGGAUCAAAAUGCUUCGUCUUUACGAUGUCUACCCACUGGGGCAUCGUCUAGGAAAGAGAAUGGCGGGUGGGGAUUGGCUAAGCAAGCCGCAUUGCAGCGGCCACCUGUUACUGAUAGCAAUCACGUUAGGGUUCCGGGGAAGGAGACAGGACUUGAUGUUGAGAGGCAAGCAUCCUUGCAGCGGCUUUCAAGUGCGGGCAGCACUAGCUAUGCUUUGAGUUUGUUUUCAGGGUCAACAUCGGAUGGGAAGUGGCCGAAUACUGGAUUCAAGGAUUCACACACGUCGAUCAACUCGGGCCCAGAUGAGAAUGAAGUGGUUCUGAGGUUGAAGGAGAGCUAUUACUUGCAGCUCACGCUUGCCAGAGGCAUUGUUGAGCAAGCAACUAUUGCUAUUGAUGAGCCUCUGCAAGAAUGCAUGAGCGUCAAGGGUCUACCAGUAUCUUCUGAUCCUCAGACCGUGUCCUUCCGCCUCUGGGUAAGUGGGUGCUUGUCAUAUUUUGAUAAGAUAACAGAUGGAUUUUAUAACAUCUUGGGAAUGAAUCCAUAUUUGUGGGUGAUGUGCAAUAACAUGGAGGAAGGUAGUAGAUUACCAUCUCUGAUGGCACUUAAAGGUACUGACCACAGUGAUACGUCUAUGGAAGUGGUUCUCAUUGAUCGGCGUGGGGAUGCUAAGCUCAGGGAACUAGAAGAUAAAGCUCAAGAGAUAUUUUUUGCUGCGGAGAAUACACUUGUUUUAGCAGAAAAGCUUGGAAAACUAGUUGCUGUCCAUAUGGGGGGAUCUUUUCCCAUGGAGCAAGGUGAUCUUUACCAGCGCUGGGAAAUUCUCAGCAAUAGGCUUAAGGAUAUUCAUAGGUGCAUCGUUCUCCCAAUUGGGAAUUUAUCUGCAGGGCUUUGCAGGCAUAGGGCUGUUUUGUUCAAGAAAUUGGCAGACUAUGUGGGGUUGCCAUGCAGAAUAGCUAGAGGUUGCAAGUAUUGUGUUGAAGAUCACCGGUCUUCAUGUCUCAUAAAGAUUGUGGAUGACAGAAAAAAUGCUUGGGAAUUUGUAGUUGAUCUAGUAGGGGAACCAGGAAAUGUGCAUGGCCCAGAUUCAUCUAUUAAUGCAAGUGAUCUUUGCUCUGUGCCUUCCCCCUUUCAAGUUGCUCAUCUCAAGGAAUUCCAGCUACCUAACAUUGAUGAAAAAGAAAAUCUACCAGUGCAUGAUAUUGUCCUUAUGGACAAGCCCAAAAGUUUCUGGUGCAGUCCAAAUCAGUUUUCUGAAAUCAAAUCACCUGAGAUACUUACCACUACAGAUGGUAUAAUUACAAGAGAUGAAUAUCAUAAACCCAGAGAUCAAAGUAGCAUAGUUCUAUUCCAGAAUAGCAUACAAGAGAUUGUUCAGCCUAGACCACCUCCAUUUGCUGAUGGGGCGGAUGGGCAUCCCAGCAUAAGUAAAUAUGUGGAGAGUGAGUUUACGCUUGAGAAUUUGAAGCAUUCGGAAGCAACCCUUCCAAAAUACCUGAAUCUUGAACCAUCUCUUGCAAUGGAUUGGCUCGAGAUCUCAUGGGAUGAGUUACAUAUCAAGGAGCGUGUUGGGGCGGGUUCUUUUGGGACUGUACAUCGAGCUGAAUGGAAUGGAUCCGAUGUUGCAGUCAAGGUGCUAUCUGUCCAAGAUUUUGAAGAUGACCAAUUAAGGGAGUUUCUAAGGGAGGUUGCAAUAAUGAAGCGUGUCCGUCAUCCAAAUGUGGUUCUCUUCAUGGGUGCAGUCACUAAACGUCCACAUCUAUCCAUAGUGACCGAAUAUCUACCUAGGGGAAGUCUAUAUCGCUUAAUACACCGACCAGCUAAUGGGGAAAUGAUGGAUCAAAGGAGGCGCUUACGAAUGGCUUUGGAUGUGGCCAAGGGUAUCAACUAUCUUCAUUGCCUUAGCCCCCCUGUGGUUCACUGGGAUCUUAAAUCUCCUAAUCUCUUGGUUGACAAGAAUUGGACUGUGAAGGUGUGUGAUUUUGGUCUGUCAAGGUUUAAACCUAAUACAUACAUAUCUUCCAAAUCAGUUGCAGGAACUCCUGAGUGGAUGGCCCCUGAAUUUCUUCGUGGGGAACCAUCAAAUGAGAAGUCAGAUGUGUACAGUUUUGGUGUCAUUUUGUGGGAGCUUAUUACCCUUGAACAGCCUUGGUCUGGACUCUGCCCUGCUCAGGUGGUUGGAGCUGUUGCUUUCCAAAACAGAAGGCUUUCUAUGCCAGAGAACAUUUCUCCAACAAUGGCAUCUCUUAUUGAAGCUUGCUGGGAUGAUGAUCCCUCCAAACGCCCGACCUUUGGUAGUAUUGUGGAAACACUGAAGAAGCUACUGAAGUCUCCCCAAAAUUUGAUUCAGAUGGGAGGGAAGUAAAGAUUCCCAGCUGUUAAUGCAGCUUUUGAAGAAUUUCAACUAUGGUACUUAUAGAGAGAAGUGUGCAAAACACUAUGAAGUCAUAAAGUAAAAAUAUUUGUUUUCCAAGUCAUCGAGGAGAUACCACCACGAGAAUAUAACUAGGUUAUGGCUGAAACUUGCAUAUCACACACACAAAAAGUGCAAGGGCAUCUGUAUUGUAAUUCUUGUCGAGGAGCAUCAGCUGGUUGGGACUUUGACAUACGUAGUACAAAUUUGUUGUUAUCAAGAAUGUUUCUGAGCGUCACCUGGGAACUUCGUUAUACCAAUUUAUACCAAGUUUCAGACAUAUUUUAUGACUCCGUAGUUAAGAACAUUCCAAACAUAGUUUAGUUGUCAUCAUCUCUUGUCUCUCGCGUACUUUUCUGUGUUCAUACGUACUGAGAAGCAAUGAGAGUUAAUGAGUAGAAUAAGUGAAUCAAAUCAGUGAAGCCAUGUUCCCGCUUUGUCCUGGAUAAAUAAAGUACUCCGUAUUAUACUCGCAACUAGUAGCGACUAAAAAUUUAUAAGUAAUACUUUGUUCAUUAUUUGUUAUUUUUAUUUAUUCAUUUGUAGUACUUCAA